AUAAAACUCGCAGGAGCUUGUGAUUUUUUUAUAGAAAAACUGCAGCUAAUUUAGUGUAUUUUUUUAUUUCACCGAAUUUUAAAAAUUUGCGGUAGUAGAAUGGACAAUUUAAAGCCGAAAAAUGCUUCGAGAUGGAGAGUGCCUAGUGACACACAGGGAAAUCAGUAAUUCAUAAUUUCCUUGGUUUUAAGGAAGAUGUUAUAAAAUUUCUCUGAAGAAUAUGUAAUAGAAUUAUCUGCACCUGUUGGACCGCUGCCGUCGAGUUCCUCAUGUUCGCCUCAAAACAUGAUACUGCUCAUCAUGUUCCUCCUCUCCUCGGGCAUGUGCCAAACGAAGCCGCGAGACUGCGAAAUCGUCACCAAGCUCAAGGAGAAGGGCCUUGUCCUCCUGUCGGAGAUCAUGCCCUGCGACUAUGUCAAAGAGUUCCUACCGCCGAGUGAGCCUGACGAGCCCGUCGAGGUCGAGUUCGCAGUCUACGUCCAGGACAUCACCUCCUUCAACGCUGCACACAUGGAGUUCCGGAUUGACCUCAUCCUAUACAUGUCGUGGGAAGACACACGACUAAUCCUUGACGACUCAGCGAUGGUCAAGGACCGCCUCUCCAUCGGCCCUCUGCCCUUAUCAGCUUACGCUCUUCAGUACCUCUGGAUGCCUGACCCGUACAUUACUAACUCCAAGAACGCAGCCGUGACAUCGCUGACGACGAUCUACGCAAGUCUGAACAUCCACAGCAACCACACGGUGCGGUACAGCGCGCGCGUGUUCAGCCUCAUCUCCUGCCAGAUGGCCUUCCAGAAAUACCCCAUGGACGUCCAGACCUGCCAGAUCCCCCUGCAAAGCUUCAAAUACUCCAAUCGGCUCAUAAGAUUCAAGUGGCGCAGCGACCGAGCGGUUACUAUAAACCCGGAGCUCAAGCUGCUGCAGUUUCAGGUGCAGCUGAGCCGAUACUUCGAGAUAAACAAGACCAUAGAAGAGUUCGGAGGCUACGGAAGCCGAUCGAUGUCGGCUCUUACGUUCGAGUUCAAGUUUUACCGCUUGAUCGGACAUCACCUGCUGCAAACUUAUACUCCGUCCUUCCUGAUGGUAGCGCUGACGUGGUAUAGUUUCUGGCUAGGGCUUGACGCUGUGCCGGGCAGAGUGACGUUACUUACGACGUCUCUGCUCACCACCGUCACGCUGUUCUCUGGUAUCAGCAGAGACUUGCCAGCAGUCGCCUAUAUUCGGGCUAUCGAUGUUUGGAUGUUUGGCUGCAUUUUAUUCUCGUUUGCCGCCAUGUCCGAGUUUGCCAUCUGCAAAAUGAUCAAAUAUGUUCACGAGAAACACGUUUUUCGUUCCAUCUCCGACAACAACAAACCUCAAACCAAAUCUGGUGGCGGUGGCGGUGGUGGUGGCGGCGCACCAAACGUUAGCGUCGUUCCGGACUUUUUCCACUCAAGAAAUAUAGGAAGCUUGGCUCUUGUCGCGCAGUAUAGCCAAAUGAGCAAAAACAUGAAAGCUUGGGCCCAUCCUGGCGAUGCUGACAAAAGCGCCGACACACCAGAUGCCGGGGCUAAUGUGAACGGCAAAGACAUCAAUCUGUCUCAGAAGACGUCGUCGGUGGGACCCAUGCCCUUCCCACGCAAGAAGCCUCGGGAACAGCUCUUCCGCCCCCCAAAUUACCCAUUCAGAAUGGCAAGUCAGCGCGCUAAGCGCAGAAUAUGGAUGAAGACCAUUCGGGAUAUUGAAUUCCAAUGGGAUGAUCCCAUAACCGGCGAAACCAAGAUUCUGUGGGAGGAAAUUGAUAGCUUCUCUAGAGUUGUGUUCCCAUGCGUCUUUUUCGUGUUCUCUGCUAUUUACUUCACUGUUCUCUUCCUGCUUUAAUUAUUGGUGCGGGUCGCCUGCCAAAGACCACCACUGCCCUGGAUGUAAUGGACCAUC